AUGAAGACCCUGGAGCCGUCGAGUCCUCAAGAGCUCGGCGGCUCACUGUCGAGCAAAGACAUUGAUGAAAUCCACCUGGCUCGUCUGGGAAAAAGACCCGUUUUGAAGCGCAAUUUUGGGAUGCUUUCCAUGCUUGGCUUCAGCUGUACGAUUCUAGUGACCUGGGAAGGAUUUACAGUACUGUUCCUCCAGCCACUAACCAAUGGUGGUCCAGCUGGAGCUGUUUAUGGUUUCCUCUUUGUUUGGGCAGGCACUGCCUGCAUCUUUGUCGUCCUCUCUGAAUUGGCGUCCAUGGCUCCGACAUCCGGUGGACAAUACCAUUGGAUCUCCAUGUUGGCCCCGCGAUCGACCGUGAAAUUCCUCAGUUACAUGUCUGGAUGGCUCACCGUCAUUGGAUGGCAGGCCACCUUUGCCACAGCGUGCUACCUCUGCGGUACUAUGGUCCAAGGUGUCGCGGUCCUCACGCGUCCCAACUACCACCCCCAAUCAUGGCAUCCUACCUUGUACUUUUGGGCCAUCGUCGCCUUCGCCGUCAGUAUAAACGUGGUCGGUCGCAAUGUCCUUCCCAAGUUUGAGGGCCUUAUUCUUGUGGUCCACAUUCUCGGCUUCUUCGCCAUCCUCAUCCCGCUCGUCUCGUUGGCCGACAUUAGCUCCGCCAAGGACGUCUUCACCGAAUUUAUCAAUCAAGGUGGCUGGCCGACCCAGGGGCUAUCGUUCUUUGUUGGCUUGAUCGGCUCUGUGUUUGCUUUUGUGGGAGGUGAUGCUGCAGUGCACAUGUCGGAGGAAAUCCAGAAUGCUCCCGUGGUGGUACCUCGCUCGAUCCUCCUCAGCGUGCUGAUCAACGGUCUGUUGGGAUUUGGCAUGCUCCUCGCCCUUCUCUUCUGCUUGGGAGACAUCAAUGAAGCCCUCGAGUCUCCCACGGGAUACCCUUUCAUGCACAUCUUCUACAAGGGAACCGGCUCCCUCGGAGGUGCGGCCGCCAUGGUCUCCAUCGUCAUUGUCGUCUGUAUCUGUUCGGCCACCGGCAUGAUGGCUGCGACUUCUCGCCAGUUUUGGUCAUUCUCGCGCGAUCGUGGUGUUCCCGGUUGGAGACUAUGGAGUCGGGUCUCUCCGACUACCGCUAUUCCCGUAUGGUCUGUCGCAGUCACCACCGUUGUAUCGGUCCUGUUGGCGUUGAUUCCCAUUGGAUCAACUGUCGCCUUCAAUGACCUCUGUGCCAUGUCCAUUACCGGCUUGUUCCUCUCCUACAUCAUGGUCGCCGUCCUUCUCCUCUGGAGACGUAUGACUGGUGCCAUCUCGCUGACUGCUGGCGCUGACGAGACCGUGAACACAAUUGGAGCCAGACUAGUCUGGGGUCCCUUCCGCGUUCCUGGUAUCUGGGGAAUCAUAAUCAAUGUCUUUGCUAUUAUCUACUGUCUCAUUGCUAUCUUCUUCAGCAUGUGGCCCACCUUCAGCGAAGUGACAGUGCAGACGAUGAACUUCAGCUCGGUGGGUACCGCCAGUGUGAUUCUCCUGAGCGUCGUCUACUAUGUCCUCCGAGCGCGUCAUGUUUAUGAAGGGCCAAUUGUUGAGACUGUCCCUCGGUAG